AAAAGAAAAUGCAUGAAAGUGGUUUGAAAACAGCUGACCAUCUAUUUGACCAUGGAGAAAGUCUGCGAAUCAACCAGGUAGAAAUUUGAAUAUGUGGCCACACUAGUAAACUCUCGCGUUUUGUAUUAAGGUGAAACGAUUCGAACGCUACAUUACGCUCAAACUUAGUACAUAUUUUAUGUUACACUAAUUAGUUACACACUUAUUUAUUCUUAGGCCGUAUUUACAGAAUAAAAUUGUUAUUUCUUUGUUUAAGUUUUGCGAUUUGUACGUUUAAGAUUCACAAAUGUUUUAUUGUUGAUAAAAAUGUUUUGAUUUCGUUUGAUAAUUUGAUCAGUUCCCAUAAAACAAAAAUAUCCCGUUGUUACAAUGAUAUCUAAUUCGUGAACAUGAGUUUCAAAUAUAUAUUCUUAGUUUUGAUGUUGACGAUGAAUUAUUCCAGCCUUUUGUGCUUGGAAUAUUCAAAUGGUUUUAAUGAAUCGGCAGUUAUAAACACAAUUCACACAGGCCAAAGUAAACGAACCAGUAAAUUUCUAUUUGACACAAUUUUUCGCAUAAGUUCAGGAGUUUCAAAUGCUUUUGGACUUUCGGAUACCGAUGACGAAGUGGAGUACACAGAAAAUUCGAGUCUCAAAAAUUGUGAUUGUGACUGUGGCUUCUCCAACGAAGAAAUAAGAAUUGUUGGAGGGAAACCAACCGGGGUGAACCAGUAUCCGUGGAUGGCGCGAAUCGUUUAUGAUGGGAAAUUUCAUUGCGGCGGAUCGUUGCUGACCAAGGAUUACGUACUCUCAGCGGCUCAUUGCGUGAAAAAACUGAGAAAAUCCAAAAUCAGAAUUAUCUUUGGAGAUCACGACCAGGAAAUCACCUCGGAGUCUCAUGCCAUUCAACGGGCUGUUACAGCCGUAAUAAAACACAAAAGCUUUGACCCAGAUACAUACAACAAUGAUAUUGCGCUGUUGAGACUUCGCAAGCCUAUUUCGUUUUCUAAAAUCAUAAAGCCUAUUUGUCUUCCGCGGUACAAUUACGAUCCGGCAGGUCGAAUUGGAACAGUAGUUGGCUGGGGACGCACGUCCGAGGGCGGAGAACUGCCGUCCAUUGUUAACCAAGUGAAGGUUCCCAUUAUGUCCAUCACGGAAUGCCGUAAUCAAAAAUACAAAAGUACUCGAAUUACCUCAUCGAUGUUGUGCGCGGGCAGACCGAGCAUGGACUCGUGCCAGGGCGAUAGUGGAGGACCGCUGUUGUUAUCUAAUGGAGUUAAGUAUUUUAUCGUCGGAAUCGUUUCCUGGGGCGUCGGAUGCGGCCGCGAUGGAUAUCCUGGUGUUUACUCGAGAGUGAGCAAAUUCAUUCCGUGGAUUAAAUCUAAUUUAGAAAAUACAUGCCUGUGUUCUUAG